AUGACGUCGCUGUCGACCACAACCACCACCGUCGCGCCGGCGACGGCCUCGCCCACCGCGUCAUGCCACAACCUCUACGACCCGCCGACGGACGACGCCUCGUGCGCGAUGCCCUUCUCCGACAACAACGUCAACCUGAUGAAGAGCUGCUGCAAGGGCGCGCAGGUGGUGAGCUACUACAACAAGUGCGGGCUGUACUGCCUCGCGCAGGGCCAGAGCAUCGGCGACCUCACCGACUGCUUGUAUAAGGCUAAGGCGCCCUGGAACAGCGUCUUCUGCCGCGGCAACACGACGGCCACGGCCACCGAGACGGGCGCCGGCAAUAUCGACGCCACGGCUUCGGCGUCGGUCGUCGCCGGCGCGUCGACGACCGGGUCCGCGACGGAUAGCGGCAGCGCUGGCAGCGCGAGCCCGACCAAGUCCGAUUCCGCGGCGCCCGCUCUGCGGCCGCAGGGCGGUGUCAGCCUGAGCGGUGUUGUCGUCGGGGCGACGCUCUUCUCGGCCGUUGUCCUGGGCGCCUUUCAGAUUUGA